AUGAGCACCGCGGAGCGCAGCAAGCGCCACAAACAGCGCAAAGUCCUGCUGAUGGGCAGGUCCGGCGCUGGCAAGUCCUCCAUGCGCUCCAUCAUCUUCCAGAAUUACGUUGCAAAGGACGUCAGGAGGCUCGGAGCGACAGUAGAUGUGGAACACAGCAACAUCAAAUUCAUGGGAAACCUCAUGUUGAACCUUUGGGAUUGUGGCGGUCAAGACUCCUUUGUCGAAUCCUACUUGACAAAUCAACGAUCACAUGUCUUCACAUCGGUUGCUGUACUGAUCUUCGUCUUCGAUAUCGCAUCGAGGGAAGCAGCUCCGGAUAUGCUCAGUUUCGCCAACACGAUCCGUGCCUUGCAGGAGUUUAGUCCGAACAGCAAGAUCUUUGUCCUCGUGCACAAGAUGGAUUUGAUUCCUUCGGACCAAAAAGCGGCCCUGUAUGCCCAAAAAGUGAAAGACAUCCGCGCCACAUGCGAGGACGAAGGCUUCACCGGCAAGCAAGUCGACAUUUGCCAAAGCUCCAUAUGGGACCAAAGUCUUUAUCGGGCAUGGACACAGGUCAUCUACUUCCUAGUGCCAAAUGCAACUGUCAUCGAGGGGAUGCUAGAGAAGCUCGCGGAGCUCCUGGACGCGCGGGAAAUGAUCCUCUACGAGCGCACCACAUGUCUAGUGGUGACGCACAUCACUCGCGGUAGCGAGGCAAAUAACCCCUACACGGACCGCUUCGAGCGGAUCAGCAGCAUCUUGAAAACGCACAAACAUUCCAUGUCCAAGCAUACGGGAAUGAUGCCUUCCGAAGUGUCGUUUGCGGAGAUGCAAAUCAAAACCGGUGCAUUCAUGUUCUUCAUCACGCGCCUGACGGAGAACACGAACUUGGCGGUGGUCAUGCCAAGUGACGAAGCAUCCUACAAUGCUGCCAGAGUCAAUGUCCAGCUCGCGAGGCGAGAAUUCGCAUAUCUCGAUAUUGUGGAGAAGAAGGGUAAACAAGAUCAUCUGAACAAUCCUGCUUAUCGCGAGAUGGCAUCGCAUCGAGAUGACGAGCGUGGUAGCGAGGACUCGGAACCCUUGCAGAAUCGCUUCCAUGAUGAAAGGUGAGGCGGCGACGACAGGGCCUGUUCGGCCUGGUGAUGAUGAUGACGGGAAGGAACGUUGUGACAGCAUCUCGAUACCGGCCCAUUGUCCGCAAAACCGGAGGUUCAUCCGAAGAGUCGACCGGAGCACUCGCGUGGGCUCCGUCGAGGCAUCUAACGCACCACGCCGCCGCAACACUACCAGUCCACUACGCGCCUGCAGUCAUUCUCUGUGCCGCAGGACCCAGAAUGUGAUCGCACGAUUACGACGUGUUGUCUGUUCCUGAACCAAAAGGUCUCGAACAAGACUGGACCAUCUUGGCAGAAGACUUCGACCAGCUGCAAGUCCGGCCCUCAUAGCGUCAAGCGGCCAGAGAUCUCGCGCGUUUCGGCAUCUCGCUAGCGACAGAUGCUGGACGGAUCUCCUUCUGCCGGGUUCUUGCAUACAACACAAUGUCUCGGCUUAAAAGCACGGCACCGUGGAUUUCCCACCAGCGUGCAUGCAUGCGCGCGACCUAGGUGCAGAGUGGAGCGGGCGUGGGGUGGAGUUUCUGAAUCUUGAGUGUCGGAUAUCGACGCGCCUAGGGAGCGUGACUCGGAUUGCUAGGGAGCGUGACGAUACACAACAUAACGCGACAAUUCAAAUAAUUCCCCGGACAAGCGAGGCGAG